CGGAGAAGAAGUGAGUUGGGUUUUGUUUGGGUUGCCAACUAGUAAAUCAGGCGGAGUAUUCAAUCCCCCAACUCUCCCCCUUCCUCGUUUCUAUCGACCCCCUACUUCUCUUCUUCAGCAUCGUUCUCGCCAUUAUUAAACCACCCACAAGCUCCUUCCCCCCAUUCCGCUUCAUCUUUCUCUUUGACUCCUCACAUAAGCGUUGUCUGUUCUUUGGAACAGAAGUUCGCAUUCCAGCUGAGCAUCUCGACUCGUCUCCAUCCUCGGUUUCUCCGCUUACUGUCCGAGAUGGAGGCCACAUUGCCUGCCUGCAAAUCUGUUACCUCUGCUACCUCCGUUCCUGGUGUAUUCGCAAGAUCAAACCCAGGAAUAAGAAGUUCACAAUGUAGCUUUUUGGUGGGGACUAAGGUUAACUUCCCUAGGCAAAGAGCUUGUGCUGCUAAGGUUGGUCAUAAAACUAAGAAGAGCGGUGGAGCUCUUGGUGCUACUUGCCGUGCUGAAAAGAUUCUGAUUGCAAACAGAGGAGAAAUUGCUGUUCGUGUGAUUCGAACUGCUCAUGAAUUAGGAAUUCCAUGUGUUGCUGUUUACUCAACCAUUGACAAGGAUGCCCUUCAUGUGAAAUUGGCUGAUGAAUCCGUUUGCAUAGGUGAAGCACCAAGCAAUCAGUCGUACCUGGUGAUACCAAAUGUCUUGUCUGCUGCAAUCAGCCGUGGAUGCACCAUGCUUCAUCCUGGAUAUGGGUUCCUUGCUGAGAAUGCCACAUUUGUUGAAAUGUGUAGAGAACAUGGAAUAAAUUUUAUUGGCCCAAAUCCUGAUAGCAUCAAAACUAUGGGUGACAAAUCAACGGCCAGAGAAACAAUGAAGAAUGCAGGUGUUCCAACUGUCCCAGGAAGUGAUGGGUUGUUGCAGACUACAGAGGAAGCAAUUCGACUGGCUGGAGAGAUUGGUUAUCCUGUGAUGAUCAAGGCAACGGCAGGUGGUGGUGGGCGUGGAAUGCGCCUUGCUAAAGAACCUGAAGAAUUUGUGAAGUUGCUACAGCAAGCCAAGAGUGAAGCUGCUGCUGCAUUUGGAAAUGAUGGAGUUUAUUUGGAAAAAUACAUUCAAAAUCCAAGGCAUAUCGAGUUCCAGGUCCUUGCAGAUAAGUAUGGAAAUGUCGUCCACUUCGGGGAGCGAGACUGUAGUAUCCAGAGACGUAACCAGAAGCUUCUUGAAGAAGCUCCCUCUCCUGCACUGACCCCAGAGUUAAGGAAAGCCAUGGGUGACGCAGCAGUUGCAGCUGCAGCAUCCAUAGGAUACAUUGGUGUAGGAACAGUUGAGUUCCUUUUGGAUGAGAGGGGUUCCUUUUACUUCAUGGAAAUGAACACUCGUAUCCAGGUCAGAAUAGCUCAAAAAAUGCAGGUUGAGCAUCCUGUAACUGAAAUGAUUUCAUCUGUGGACUUGAUUGAAGAACAAAUCAGGGUAGCUAUGGGAGAGAAACUUCGUUACAAACAGGAGGAUAUUGUGCUAAGAGGACAUUCGAUUGAGUGCCGGAUUAAUGCAGAGGAUGCAUUUAAGGGAUUCAGGCCAGGACCAGGAAGAAUAACUGCGUAUUUGCCAUCUGGAGGGCCUUUUGUUAGAAUGGACAGUCAUAUCUAUCCGGAUUAUGUUGUUCCUCCAAGCUAUGAUUCCCUCCUUGGAAAGCUUAUUGUUUGGGCCCCAACAAGAGAAAAGGCAAUUGAACGUAUGAAGAGAGCUCUCAAUGAUACUAUAAUUACAGGAGUUCCAACAACAAUCGAUUAUCAUAAAUUGAUCCUUGAAAUUGAGGACUUUAAAAAUGGAAACGUCGACACAGCAUUCAUUCCCAAACAUGAAGACGAGUUACAAGCACCUCAACAGAUUGUGCCAGUAAAGGGACUGGCCAGCGCAACUGCAUAGAUGCGAUUCUUCGAGAGUGAAAAGCAAUGGUUUUCAAGGAAGGAGUUGUUUAAGCAGCUUUAAUUUAUCUAUUGAUCUUCUGAUAGAUUGUUCUCGAAGAACUUUGACGAUGCUUAGGAGCGUUUCUUCAGAUUUCCAUUUUGAGGGAAUAUUCAAUGUUGUAACCUGUUAUGUGCUUAGAUUUUAGACCUGACAUCUUGGUUCCUAGGUGGCUUUGAGUUUGGUUACUGUUUGUUUAUACGAACUCUCCGGUGAAACUGGUUGAACGUAGAAAAAAGUUUGUGGCUGCUGUCUGCAAAGGCCGGUUUGAAGCUUUGCUGCGUCAAGCCAGGAAAAAGAUGAUAAUGAGAUCCUCCAAGUGAAAAAUUGUUGUGAGUGGCGUUUGGAAGGAUUUCCGAACGUCCUUGUACUUCGUUGAGAAUCUUUGUUGCAAUAAAUAAUAAAACAUUGUUUCGUCAAUUAAUGGCUGAUGGGGAUGAAUAAUCGGCAUUAAGAAUUGUGAAUUCAUAUCCUUGGAAUAGAGGUUUAAUGCUCUAAAUAAUAUUCUUCGUGUCCAAAAUGCUCGUAUAA